AGCCAGGUGGAUUGUGUAUGAGUUCGUUAUCGGCUUUGUACGGGUGUCAUUGAACGAACGCAGUGUGAUUUGAGUGGCAGAAGACCUCUGUCAGACAACCUCGUUGUUGUCCAAUGAAAAGGCGCCCAUCGUGCCGUAUCCAUGGUGGAUACCGUACCGAAAAAGUCAACAAGUAGGCGAAUCAAGUUGAAACAUAACAUUUUUGAUUCGGUUUGCGUGCAGAUGGACUUUUUGUUACUGUAAAUUCAAAUCUUAAAUAGUCAAAACGAAAUAACAAACGUGCUGCUGAAAAUUAAUUUGGUGAACAUUUGAAUUGAGCUAAUAAGUUAAGCCGAAAAAAAAUAAAGUAGUGAAUCAAGCAUCCACAAAAAAAGGGGGACCAUCAUCAAUUCGAUACAAAGAAGCUUCAAAAAGUAAACAAGUAUCUUGAAAACGGAAUUUUCGCAAUAUCGGUAAUUUAAAAGGGUUAACUCGAAGGUAAACAACAACAAUAACUUCAAUUAAGAUGUCUGAACGAAAAGCGGUUAUUAAAAAUGCCGAUAUGGGAGAGGAAAUGCAACAGGAUGCUAUAGAUUGUGCGACGCAAGCUCUCGAAAAAUUUAACAUUGAAAAGGACAUUGCUGCAUACAUUAAAAAGGAAUUUGACAAAAAAUACAAUCCAACUUGGCACUGCAUUGUCGGCCGGAAUUUCGGGUCAUAUGUAACACAUGAGACUCGGCACUUUGUCUAUUUUUAUCUAGGCCAAGUUGCAAUUUUACUCUUUAAAAGUGGAUAGGUUCAAAGUGUGUUACAUGCCCAUAUCCAUACCAACACCAACAACGCCCACAUCCGUUCAAAGUGUACUCAUUUUCGAAUUGUGUAAACUUAAAAAACAAAUCCGUUCCAUUGAAUAUACCAGACUUUUCAUGUCAAAUGCAAUUUGGUCUAUCGAAUGCAGUUUAUGACAUUGUGUAUCAUUUGCAAUAUUCGCCAUAAAUCAAUUCGAAUCACAUUUUGACAUUGCAUACCGGAGUUUUCUUCACCCUUUUUUCUUUCUUCGGCAAAAUAAAAACGAACAAUGAUCCAAAUGGGCUUGAAAUUAGAAGUGCACCAAACCAUAUUAGGAAUAAUUCGGCAUAACAUUUUCAAGUCUGGCAUAUUUUUUCUUCCUCUUGUUCGAACAAACAACAGGAAAAUAAAACAUAUAGCUUCUAUGCAAUUGUUUUUUUUUCUUUUUUUUUUUUUAAUUUUGUGGAUGACGUCAAUUAAAGUUUACCAUGGCACCGAGAAAAAAAAUAUAUUAGUUAAAUGUCAGUCCAAAUAAUGUUUAUUGAUAUUGCAUUUUUAUUUAAAAGAAAUUAUACCAUAAACCAAUCGAAAUAUGUAAAACUAUUUAUGGAAAGUAUUAUUGGUACAUAUGAAAAAAAGAAGAAGAAGAAGAAUACUACAAGGACGAUUUGGUUACAUUUCCAUUGAACUAUUAUUAUGAUUCGCAAUGUAUUAUUGUUUAACUGCACGAGCAAUAAUCAAACCAUACGGAAAAUGAUGAAAAGAAAUUACGUUAUUGCUCGUUAUCAGUUUGGAUGUAAGACCGACCGUGUUUAUUGUUUUUAAUGUUAAUGUACUAUACAUGUUAUGUAAAUUUUCUGUAUUUAUCUAUUUAUUGCUCUCUUUUUCAUAUAUGAGUACACAGAAAGAAAAAAUGUGGUAUUUUUAAUUCAAUUUUGGUAGAUUUAAUAUAAAAUCAACCAACAAGGAAUUAAAUUUACCAUUUUUGACAUCUCUGAGGCAUAUUUUACAAAAGUGACUAUUUGUUGAAUAAGUUUUACCAACUGUCUCAUUACAUUUACCAACUUUUCGAAACCACAGAUGACGCUAGCCCAUGAAUUUGGUGAAUGUAAUGAAGCAAUUGGUAAAACUAAUUCAACUGAUAGUCUCUUUCGAAAAAUAUGCCUCAGAGAUGUCAAAAAUGGCAAAUUUAAUUCGUUGUUGGUAGAUUUUAUAUUAAAAUUGAAUUAAAAAUACCACAUUUUUUCUUUCUGUGUACAAUGCAAAUAAUGUUCACAAAAUGCUGCUGUGACAAAAAUCAGAAAUAAACAUCAUGUAUGCAUACCGACAAACACACAGUCGCAUACACAUCGCAUAUUAUAACUGAAAUAUUUAUGUGAAUUGGAAAAUAAUGUUAUAUGGAAGAAAAAUGUCUUAUGAAGCAAGAGUGAAUGUAAUGCACAACACUUCUCUUUCAAUAAACCAUACGUAAUGUGAAGCAAAUCA